GUCACCAACAGAUUAGCCGCUCGCGAGUCAUUCGGCGACGAUAACAUUUCCCGUCCAUAGCCAUUUUUGUCCGCGAAAACGGCGAGAUUCGAAUCUACUAGCUUCAAUUUCCAUUAAUUCCUCCUUGAUUCAAUGAACAAUGGCUUCGAUUCUUAGUAGUCAUCAUCAUCCUAGCUUCAUUUACUCAAACAUUCAUCCGAAAAAGCUCAAUUUCACCACAACUCAACGGGUUCGAUUCUCUUGCCGGAAAGCUAACAGAAGACUUGUUCACUUUAGUCCGGUAAAAUCGGCUUCGGCUAAUGGAUAUUCGUUACAGAAUCAUGAUGAUAGUCCCGAGGUUGCAGUUGCAGAUGGAAUGCGUACGGAUUUCGGAGAGGAUAAUGUAGGUGGAGUAUCGGAGAGGUUGCUGAGGUUUAUUCGUUUAAUUCCAUCGGUGUUGCCAGGUGGAAAGUGGUGGAGCUUUUCUGAUGAAGUGGAAAUCGUGGCAAAUGCGAAGCCGGUGACUUUGGUGCGGGCUCUUCAACGAAUGUGGGGAUUAAUAUCCAAUGAUCGUUGGGUUAUCUUUGCUGCCUUUUCUGCCCUAGUUCUAACUGCGCUUACGGAGAUCUGCAUUCCUCAUUUCCUGACAGCAUCUAUAUUUUCAGCCCAAAGUGGGGAGACGAUAGUGUUUCGUGGAAACGUGAGGCUAUUGGUUUUCCUAUGUGUUACUUCCAGUAUUUGCAGCGGACUAAGAGGUUGCUGGUUUGGCAUUGCGAACAUGAUUCUUGUGAAACGGAUGAGGGAAACGUUAUACUCUACCCUUCUUCUCCAGGAUAUAAACUAUUUCGACUCUGAAAGUAUUGGUGAUUUGACAAGUCGGCUAGGAUCAGAUUGUCAGCAGGUGUCACGGGUCAUUGGGAAUGAUCUCAACUUAAUAUUACGCAAUCUUCUUCAGGCAACGGGAGCUUUGAUCUACUUGUUGUUCUUGUCUUGGCCACUUGGCUUAUGCACAUUGGCCAUCUGCUCUACUCUAUCAAUAGUUAUGUUACGAUAUGGACAGUACCAGAAGAAAGCAGCAAAGUUAACGCAAGAGUUCACGGCCUCUGCAAACGAAGUUGCACAAGAGACAUUUUCUUUGAUGAGAACAGUCCGAGUGUAUGGAACUGAACACAAAGAACUAAAAAGGUACAACAACUGGCUGGAAAAACUAGCUGAUAUAAGCUUGCGAACGAGUGCUGCAUAUGGAAUUUGGAAUUUCAGUUUCAACAUUCUGUACCAUUCUACCCAGGUUAUUGCUGUGCUGAUAGGAGGAAUGUCUAUUAUGGCUGGUCAUAUAACAGCUGAGCAACUUACAAAGUUCAUAUUGUACAGUGAAUGGCUGAUUUACUCUACAUGGUUUGUGGGAGACAAUUUAUCAUCUUUAAUGCAAUCUGUUGGGGCAAGCGAAAAAGUAUUCCAGAUGAUGGAUCUUGUGCCUAGUGACCAGUUCAUGUCCAAAGGAUCGAAGUUGCCAAUCUUGAAGGGCCGAAUUGAGUUUGUGAACGUAUCAUUUAGCUAUACAUCAAGGGAAAAGGUACAUGUACUAAAAGGCAUAAACCUUGCACUGAAUCCUUGUGAAGUAGUUGCAAUUGUUGGUCUUAGUGGUAGCGGGAAAAGCACGAUAGUAAAUCUUUUGCUCCGUCUCUAUGAACCAACAAGUGGUCAGAUUUUGGUUGAUGGACAUUCUCUAAACGAUAUGGACAUCAAGUGGCUUAGAGAAAGAAUUGGAUAUGUUGGACAGGAACCUCGGCUCUUCCAUAUGGACGUGAGAUCGAAUAUAGCAUAUGGAUGUACAAGAGAUGUAAGUCAACAGGAUAUUGAAUGGGCAGCCAAGCAGGCAUAUGCUCAUGACUUCAUUUCCUCCCUACCUGAUGGCUAUAACACAAUCGUGGAUGAUGAUUUGCUUAGUGGAGGACAAAAACAGCGAAUUGCAAUUGCUCGGGCAGUUCUUAGGGAUCCAUCCAUUUUGAUACUUGAUGAAGCUACUAGCGCUUUGGAUGCAGAAAGUGAAUACAACAUCAAGGGUGUACUUCAUGCUGCUGGAGAUAACUUCAAGAGGACUGUCAUAAUAAUCGCACACAGGCUUUCCACCGUACAAGCUGCAGACAGAAUAGUUGUCAUGGACCGUGGCCAGAUCAUCGAGAUGGGUAAUCACAAAGAACUUCUCCUUAAAGAUGGCUUGUACGCACGAUUAACCAGAAGACAAGUGGAUGCCGUGGGAUGACAACGGAACGUAUGACUUGGGAUCGGAAUCCUCAUAGAUUUAUAGUUAGACAAUAAUACAUUUUAAUAGGCAUGGAAUGCAAAUCUUUCAAUUUGGACAAGAAGAUAGGUGUUAUCAUGGCAUGGAAUGCAAAUCUUCAAUUUGGAGAAAAAUGGCAAGGGAAGAGAAUAUGCCCUUUCAAGCUUCAAUACCCAUUCAUACAACAAGAUUAAAUGUGUACUUAUGGUUGAAUUCUAGCUUUGGAAAUUCAUCAUAAUGAAAUGGUGUAAUUGUUUAUAUAAGGUCUUAUUGGUCU